AUGGCGGUUCAUUUCAAUAAUUCCGAUCACCCUUGUGAAUUUCCGGCCAUUUCAAAGUGCGAAACAUUCGGCCGGGAAAACCAGACGGUGGUUUCAGACUUGGACGGGACUUUGCUCUCCGGCCGGAGUUCGUUUCCUUAUUUUGCACUCGUAGCAUUUGAAGUUGGUGGAGUUUUAAGGCUUCUCUUCUUGCUUCUAGCGUCUCCGAUUGCCGGAAUUCUUUAUUAUUUCAUCUCGGAGUCUGCCGGAAUUCGUGUUCUGAUAUUUGCUACUUUCGCCGGAAUGAAGGUUUCGGAUAUCGAGUCGGUGGCGCGUGCGGUUUUGCCGAAGUUUUAUUCCGUUGACUUGCACCCGGAGGCGUGGCGCGUGUUCUCGGCGUUUGGGAAGCGGUGUGUGCUGACGGCGAACCCGACGGUGAUGGUGGAGCCGUUUCUAAAGGAGUUUUUGGCCGCCGAUUUGGUGUUGGGGACGGAGAUCGGAAUUUGUAAAGGAAGAGCUACCGGACUGGUGAAAAGUCCCGGAGUGCUCGUCGGAAAAAAUAAGGCUGACGCUCUUUUGAAGGCGUUUAAAGACGCGCCACUGCCGGACGUGGGACUUGGUGAUCGGAAAACUGACUAUCCAUACAUGAAGUUAUGCAAGGAAGGUUACAUAGUACCACCAGCAACGGCGGAGCUUCAGCCGGUGACGGUGGACAAACUGCCAAAACCAGUGGUGUUUCACGACGGCCGAUUAGUGCACAAACUAACCCCACUCACCGCCCUUAUCACCAUCCUCUGGAUUCCGGUAGGUUUCCUCCUUGCAUGUUUACGUAUCGCCGCCGGCGCACUCCUCCCCAUGCCGUUAGUGUAUUACGCUUUCUGGGCUCUCGGAGUUCGGGUCACCAUUAAAGGAACACCACCACCGCCGGCCAAAAAAUCCACCGGCCAAACCGGAGUUCUGUUCAUCUGCUCCCACCGCACCCUUCUCGACCCAAUCUUCCUCUCCGUCGCCCUCGGCCGGCCAAUCCCCGCCGUCACCUACUCUCUCUCCAGACUCUCGGAGAUCAUUUCUCCGAUCAAAACCGUCCGAUUAACCAGAAACCGAACCUCUGACGCCGAAAUGAUCAAGAAGCUUCUAGAAGAAGGCGAUUUGGUGAUCUGUCCAGAAGGAACCACGUGUAGAGAACCGUUUUUGCUCCGAUUUUCAGCUCUAUUUGCAGAACUCACCGACGAACUGGUUCCGGUGGCGAUGGCGAACAAGAUGACGAUGUUUCAUGGCACCACCGCGAGAGGGUGGAAAGGGAUGGAUCCGUUUUACUUCUUUAUGAAUCCAAGUCCAGCUUAUGAAGUUAACUUCUUGAACAAGUUACCAUACGAGCUGACGUGUGCAACCGGAAAAUCAAGCCAUGAUGUGGCGAAUUAUAUUCAGAGGAUGAUCGCUUCGACAUUGUCGUAUGAGUGUACAAAUUUCACGAGGAAAGACAAAUAUAGGGCGUUGGCCGGAAAUGAUGGCACGGUGGCGGUGGCUGUCGCCGGAAAAGGUGAAGUUGCGUCGGGGAAGAUUAUGGGAUGCUAAAGAGAAUGGAGAUUGAUAGUGGUCAUAUAUUUUG